UUGUAGCGGGUCCACCGAGAUGACCUCCCUGUCCACCAGGGAGGACGCGAGGCCUCAUUCGUCUCACUCGGCCCCGGGGGUCAUGUGGCAGGCAAGCACGAAGAGAAAACAGAAGUCGACUAAUCUAAACAGUGCCGAGGGGGAGCCGAAUUCCUGCACCAGCAUGGCGGACCAGAAAGACAACAUAAACGAUUUCAAGGUCCAGACGGCCAAGCACCCCGGCAUCAGCACCGUUCCGUUACGACCACCCAGCGAACACUCCAAGGACCGAGCCUCCAAGAGGCUCUCGUCCGAGUCCAACGGAACCAGCGAAGGAGGCGUCGGAGCGUCCACGCCGGUGGAGGUGACUGCUUUGGAAGAGUCGUUCCGUCGCUUUGCCAUCCACGGCGACACGCGCGCCACGGGCAAGGAGAUGCACGGCAAGAACUGGUCCAAGCUCUGCAAGGACUGCGGGGUCAUCGAUGGAAAAAACAUUACCCUCACUGACGUGGACAUCGUCUUCAGCAAAGUCAAGAAGAAAUCCUCUCGUACCAUUAUAUUCGAUGAAUUCAAGGCAGCACUUGCAGAGCUGGCCAGGAAGAAAUAUAAGGAAAAGGCAGUGGAGGAGGCUGAGGCGGAGGUGUUCAAGUUGAUCGAAGGGAAGGGGCCCAUCAUCUCAGGAGUCACGAGGGCAGUGGCCUCGCCGACGGUGUCCCGUCUCACGGACACCAGCAAGUUUACCGGCUCGCACAAGGAGCGUUUCGAUGACAGCGGCCGUGGGAAGGGUAAGGCGGGACGAGUUGACGUUGUGGACACGUCGGGAUACGUCUCGGGAUACAAACACCGGGGGUCGUACGAGAAAAAAAUCAGCAAGCCCCUGCCCAACAAGCCUAUGUGAGGGAGAAGAGGAGGAGAUAAACAUUAGAUCAACUACUAGGAUGAUUUUAUAUGGAGAAAAAAAAAACAAAACUCAAUGAAAGCACAAAAGGAUAGCAUUUCAUAUAUUUUCCCACCCAUCGAAUUGUGUGUGUGUGUGUGUAAAUGAGAAGUUUUGAGUUCCUCUUUUUGUGAAGUGUGACAACUGGAAUACUGUUUACAUCCAUUUUUUUUCUAAAUCAUCACCAGCUGGUACAUUCCUUUCCGAUAGCAAAUUGCAGCCAAACACUGAAAUCAAUCAACGAGGAAACGGUUGUCCUAGGAGUUGAAUUUUGAAGCUUUGUGAUGACGAUAGGGCCUGACAACAAUAAGCACAGUUAACAUUCUGAAAUUACACAACAGUUUAAUGAAUUAACAACAUUUGCACUUUCCCAUUGAUGCUCCAAAAGCUGCAUUACAUUCAAUUUAAGAAUUUGUUUGCUUAGUCUCAGUGAUCAUCGGCACAGAUCGCUGGCGUGGAGAAUCUUAUUGCUUCUUAAGACCAAGACUGACAAGUCAGCCACUGUGUAAACAGUCUACAUGCUUCCCCUAUGGCCCACAUCGCCGUCAAGUCUUAUUCUAGCGUGCCAUUCAUUUGUUUUUUUUCAAACCUCAGCAGUUACACACGCCGGCCCGUCAGUUCGCCUGGAAGCCAAAACCAUAAACAGGAAAUGGAAGAUUUGUGCAUGCCUAUUUUGAAGAGCUUAAGAGAAACACGGCGAUGCAGUUAAUUUUGUGAGAUCCAACAUCUGUAAUCUCUGCAUGAACAUCCAUCUGGCUUUAUGAAACGUUAAUUUCUAUGAGAACAUCUCCAAGGUCCUCGUGCGUGUAAGCCGAAUGGGCCUGCUUAGAAAAGCCGCCGUUUGGAAUUUUGAAUUCAGUAAGAUUUAUCUGCUUUAAUCGUCUUUCUCACUGAGAUGUGGUGUUGUUAUAUUAUGCUGACCCUGAGAUGUUCCCACACACACGGACCCUUCUCACAACAUGCAUUUUUCAAGAACUAUAUAAAGAACUGGCGGCAGGGGGAAGGACUUACUGCGGUUGAUGAUAAUGAUGAUGAGCUGGGUUGGUUACGAUUGUAUUUUUAACAUUUUACCCACAUCGUUUCCUUCUCCAAUUUAUACGGCUCUUAUAUAUUUGUGGUAUGAUUGUGUAUACUUCUAAAAUGUAUAGCCGCAUGGCUUCAGUAAAAACACUGUUGUUUUUUUUUUCUAUAAUUGCUGUUCUCCGUGCAUGUUCUCAUGUAUACUGCAUUUGAUUCAGAAGCACAUAGACUAUAGUAGGAAUCAGCCCGACGUCUGUCGCGUACCUUUUAAACUGCUGUGCCUGUUGUGAGGACGGACUACUAGACGGACUAAACCACCCUCGCUUACGAAAUGAGACGAAAAAGAGGAAAGCGCAGCUUUGCAGACCAGUUCAGGGAUGUCGGAGAGUGACUACUUUGAACGUAAAUAAAUAAAUAAACAAAACCCGCCACGCUUUCAAAGCACUAACUCGACACGAAACCAGGGUAUUACUGUUGCAACGUAAAAAAGAGAUACUGUAUAAGACAAAGGGAAAAUUUACUGCCGAGAGGUUCUACUUUUAUAGGAUAUCUAUUUUUCAGACAUAGCGACAUACUGUUCCUUUCACACUGUCAAACUACUUGUAGCCUCGGCUGAUGAAGAGUCAUGCGUCAAGCGGAAGAAGAAGCCCAGCAGCCCUCAGUGUGUAUUAGUUUUGUCGUAUGCUUUAGUAUCUUUGGUAGGCUCUGUCUCGUGUGCUUAAUGCCAAAUACUGUGCACCUUUAUUACGUGGAGGAACAAUAUGGUCUUAUUUUUUCAAACUAACUUUUUAAUGUACUGUUGUGCCAUGGGUGCAUGCAAUGUUUUUUUGGUUGUUGUUCUUUAUACCUUUUUAAUGUGUGUUCAUGAUUUGUAGUGCAUUAUUGAGAAUAAAAAAAAAAAACAAUAAUAAAAAUUAUAAAGAAAAAUGCUAUCCCAGAGUCUCUGUGGGGGACAACAGGGGUGUCGAUCAUAAAAACCUCUACAUAGCAUAGCCAUGCUGAAGUACUUUGUAGUGGUCGCUGGUGACUUACACCGCUCACUUAGCUGCAUAAAGAAAAAAUAAAAUUAAAAUAAAAUUAGAAGUUAUACGUGCUUAUUGUAUUUGCUCUGAUUUGUAUUAACAUGGCAGUCUGUGAGAGAUCAUCCCUGUGGCAUCCCUCUUUGUGUGUUUGUGUGUGUGUGUGGGGGGGGGGCAUGCAUGCACACAUUUGUGUAGGUAAGCUUCUCUCCAGCCUGAAGGCAGAGGCAUAAAUAAAGGCUCGGUGCAGCUGGAAACCGGGCGCGUUCCUUUCGCUGCAGCCUGUUCGGCAGAUGGAGAAACCCAUUACCAGAGACCGGGGGAGGAAAAAAUCAAGACAGAAUCCCACCGCCGAUGCAGCAAGUACACACUGGCCUUCUCAGUAACCUUUCCUCGCCAAUUACCAUUUGCUCAACAUAACAGGCUUGUCAUAGAAACAUGGAAAAAUAAAAUCUUUGGAUAUCUCCGUAGCCGAACGGUUACAGCUCAUACCACGUGGUCACAUGGUUGCAACUGUCGCCGGUUUGAUUCCAGUCGGACACCUU